AUGCGGGUAACCAUGAGUGUUGCAAUUGUAUGUAUGACAGGACCUGAGAAUAACACAAGCAAUGCCGGUGGGAAUGAUUCCGAAAGCGAUUUGCCAGAGUUAUUUACAAUACGAGUCCAGGUAAAGUUAUCAGACCAAGAUGAUAGGUUUGACUGGGACAAAGAAACUCAAGGGCUUAUACUUGGUUCAUUUUAUCUUGGAUAUGCGCUAACACUAUUACCAAGCGGUUGGUUUGCGGGAAGAUAUGGCGGAAAACAAUUGUACGGCUGGAGCAUGUUUGUAUGCGCUGUUGCAACAUUACUCACACCAUUAGCUGCGAGGACAAGUGUGGUUGUGCUUAUAGUUAUACGUGUUUUCACUGGACUAUGUCAGGGUGUAGGUUGUCCGUGUAUGCAGACUUUGUUGUCUUACUGGAUACCUCCGUUGCAAAGAAGUUCAUCUGCAAGUUUUGUCUACACUGGGACACAGAUUGGUGUAAUGCUAGCAUUUUCCCUCAAUGGUGUCCUGUGUGUCGAUGGAUUCGAUGGUGGUUGGCCUAGCAUAUUCUACGUAUUUGGUAAGACUGAUAUGUUCUUGCAUAGGCUGUUACAAAAGUCCUCGAGUACGCCAUGGUCAAAGAUACUUACAUCACUGCCUGUGUGGGCAAUCAUUGUUUCAGAAACUUGUGCUGAAUGGGGAACAUACAGCUUUUUGACCAAUAUACCGACCUAUAUGGAAGAUGUUUUAAAAUUUGAUAGCAAAAAGGCGGGAUAUCUUGCUUCACUACCGUAUCUUGGCUUCUGGGUCGUUUGGAACGUGUCUGCUCAUCUUGCCGACUUCCUUCGAAAACGAGGCUACAUUUCAACUACAACAGCAAGGAAAGUCUUUAACAGCAUUGGCAACAUCUUACCGGCAAUAGGUAUUACUAUCAUGGGAAAUGUUGCCGACAACCCGGGUAUUGCAGUUGCCAUGUUGAUUUUGGGUGUGGCUAUGUCUGGAUGCCAGUACGGGAGUGGUUUUAUAGUAAAUCCUGUCGACAUUGCUCCAAGAUAUGCUGGUAUCAUUAUAGGGAUUGCUAGUACUACCGGUUCACUUGCAGGUUUCUUCGCACCCUUGGCAAUUGGAUUUAUAACAGUAGAUAAAACUAAAGAGCAGUGGAAGACAGUAUUCUAUAUUACGGCUGCAAUCUACACAUUUGGCGCAAUAUUCUACAUCAUAUUUGCAUCGGGGGAAUUACAGGAUUGGGCUCGUGAUGAGGAUGAUGACCAAGAAAUUCGCGUAGUAGAUAAAAGUGCAACUCUCGAAGUAAAAACUGAUGACGAGAAAGUAACGCACAUGUAGAUUUCAGUAUACAUGCAUAAUAAUAAAAAGUACAAUGUACAAACAAAAUUGCCAAAAUAACAAAUAAUUUCAACAGGAAUGGGUUGGUCCGGUGAAAAGGAUGUAUAAAUGUGAAAAAGUAAUCAUUACCCAGUACAUGGGGGGGGGGGGGGGGGGAAUGUUUUGUCAGGAUUAACAUCACAAAGGCAGUAUUAUGGGUAUAUAGCGACAUUUAAUAUUUUUUGCGGACGAAGAUCCACGGUGCCUCUCUAAGAAAAGGGCACCCUGGUAGAACCACAUACCUUUCAUGUGCUUCAUGGAGCACUUCCUCACAUAAAGAAUUCUAUCCCUCAUGUAAAGUUUCUCCUAUAUUAGUGACGGGCAAGUGAUUCUGUGUCUGUGACCUUUACUACACUGCCACGAAGGUUCCACAGUGCAUGGAGAAACGACAAUCUUAUCUGUUCAAAUAUGGAAUACAAUUUAGUGCAGUAUUGUUUCUUAACUGUCGAGAAAAUAGCAAAAUAUGUAAUGAAAUAUUAUAUUCAUACUAAAGGGAAGAUUAUAAUUAUAGAUUAACUUAUAAACUGGUGUGUAAAUGGAAGGAUUGAAAUGAAAAAUUAUUAAUUACUGUCAAGUAUGUUUACAUAUACAUGUAUAGUAUAUUAAUACGAAGUUCAUUGUAGUUGACGAUAAAAUAGUUAAACUGUAUUAUGUACCAAACAAAACAAUAGUUCACCAUUUUCGCCAUAAGUUUUAUAAUGUUGUGUGCUGGAAAAAUAAAUUUGAUUGCUAUCACACCA